AUGGCCGCUAAACAAUACAAGCUCGCUCCCGCUUACAAGCCCGUCCCCCACCUUCUCAACUUCACCAUCUCCAACACUCUUAAGUGGAGUCCUAUUUUGACCUUCUGGGGUGGCUCCGCGCUUGUUGGCGUUCUUUUCUUUGCCGACUCUAUUCCUCGUCUCCAGCGCGACAUUUUCCAGUACAUCCCCCUCAUUGGUUCUGCUUAUGUUAAGAACGUUCCUGCUUCUGACUCUCCUUUCUAA